AUGAAGGCUUACAAGGACAAGGAGGGCCGCGUGCGCCUCUUCCGCCCGAUGAUGAACAUCGAGCGCAUGCAGAAGUCCGCCGAGCGCAUUGCCCUGCCCAACUUCGACAAGGACGAGAUGCUCAAGUGCAUCAAGGAGUUCGUCAAGGUCGAGAGCAACUGGAUCCCCUCCGAGCGCGGCUACUCCCUCUACCUGCGCCCCACCAUGAUCGGUACCCAGGCCUCCCUCGGUGUUGGUAGCUCUUCCAACGCCAAGGUCUUCCUGAUCGCCUCCCCGGUCGGCCCCUACUACCGCACCGGCUUCUCGGCUGUCAAGCUCUUCGCCGACCCGACCGCCGUCCGCGCCUGGCCCGGUGGCUCCGGUGACUCGAAGCUCGGUGGCAACUACGCCCCGGGCAUCCGCACCCAGCUCGACGCUGCUGCCAAGGGCUACGCCCAGGUUCUGUGGCUCUUCGGCCCGGAGCACUACGUCACCGAGGUCGGCACCAUGAACUGCUUCAUGCUCUGGAAGAACGAGGAUGGCGGGUCCCGCCGCGCGCCCUGA